AUGCCUACUGCAAUUCUUCCUUCUAAGCCAGACGCCCCUGUUGCGUAUGAGCUCUUCCAAGGAGAUGCAGAAAGUAGCCUCCUUGUAGUCUGCCUUAAUGGUCUUGGGCUUGCACAAAUCGGCUGGAAACCAACUGUUGAACUCAUUCAGCAGUCGAGUAUCUCUCCAAAGCCAUGGAUCCUUACUUACGACCGCUAUGGCCAAGGCGCUUCUCCAAAAGAUCCACGCGAAAGCUUGCCGAACAAAGAGCCUGGCUAUGCGCACACUUUGGAUGAUGUUACCGACGAUCUCCAAGAGUUGAUUCAAACUGUUUCACCUGAUCGUUCCUCUCGCAUCGUUUUUGUGAACAACAGCAUAGGCGCACACGUCGCGCGAAGAUACGCUGACAGAUAUCCAAAAAUUGUCGAAGGUAUCUUAUUCCUUGACUCGAACCCUGGAAAUACCGACUACGCCGAGAUAUGGCCUAAUCCAAAGGACCCAUCCUUUGAUCUGGGAAAAAUGGCUCCUCCUGGCACCCCGCUUGAAGUAUACGAAGCCGCCUACACCAAGAUGACAUCAAUAUUUGCUCCAACCUCAAAAAACGGCGAAGGUUUUGACCGUCGAGAUAUCAAGACCAUUCUGCCAGACCCAUCAGAGCCCAAGCUUAAGGGAUCAAAAACUUCAGACAAAGGUCCUUGGGUAACUGUUGUGGGCCAUGAGCUCGAACAAUUCUCAAAGGAGGAGUGGGCAAUGUUGAAGGUUCCUUUGGGCAUGGCUGCCAUGUAUACUCAACCCAUGUGGGAAAAGUACAAUGAAGGACUUUGUAAGCUCACUGACCCGGACAGGGCAAAGGGGCCACUCAUCGCAUCAAAGUGCGGGCAUUUUGUCCACAGAGACAACCCACCAUUCGUUGCUGAGCAGCUAGAAGAUCUUAUCAUGAAGGUUGAAAGUUCCAAAUGA